UUUCCUGUUGCUAUAAGUCCCUCCCUUCGCACCUCAAAGGCCAAAACUCUGCAUUUGCUAGCUAGAAGUCACUCUACCCUUUGCAUUACUUUUUCAAUCAAUCACUGCUGUUCGAUCAUGGCAGCCACCAUCUCCACCGUUGGAGCUGUCAACAGAGCACCGCUGGCCUUGAAUGGCUCUGGCGCUGGAUCCACAGUCCCAACUUCAGCUUUCUUUGGCAACAGCUUGAAGAAAGUGAGCUCAUCAAGGUUCACAAACUCCAAGAUUUCAUCAGGGAGCUUCAAGGUUGUUGCUGAGGAGUACGAUGAGGAGAAGCAGACCGAAAAGGACAGAUGGGGAGGCCUUGUUACAGACAUGUCUGAUGAUCAACAAGAUAUCACCAGAGGAAAGGGUAUGGUGGACUCUCUUUUCCAAGCCCCCCGGGGAACUGGAACUCACAACCCCGUUUUGAGUUCUUAUGAGUACCUCAGUCAAGGUCUUCGUACGUACAACCUGGACAACAUGAUGGAUGGUUACUACAUUGCUCCUGCUUUCAUGGACAAGAUUGUUGUUCACAUCUCCAAGAACUUCAUGAGCCUGCCUAAUAUCAAGGUUCCUCUCAUCUUGGGUAUUUGGGGAGGCAAAGGUCAAGGAAAAUCCUUCCAGUGUGAACUGGUCUUUGCCAAGAUGGGAAUUAGCCCAAUCAUGAUGAGUGCCGGAGAAUUGGAAAGUGGAAACGCUGGUGAACCCGCAAAACUUAUCAGGCAAAGGUACCGUGAGGCGGCUGAUAUAAUCAAGAAGAAGGGAAAGAUGUGCUGCCUCUUCAUCAAUGAUCUUGAUGCCGGAGCUGGGAGGCUUGGUGGAACUACCCAAUACACUGUCAACAACCAGAUGGUUAAUGCUACCCUCAUGAACAUUGCUGACAACCCAACAAAUGUGCAACUUCCCGGCAUGUACAACAAGGAGGAUAAUCCACGUGUCCCCAUCAUCGUCACUGGUAACGAUUUUUCAACAUUGUAUGCUCCUCUUAUCCGUGAUGGUCGUAUGGAGAAAUUCUACUGGGCUCCUACCAGAGAAGAUAGGAUUGGUGUCUGCAUUGGAAUAUUCAAGACUGACAAUGUUCCCCAGGACGAUGUUGUCAAGCUUGUUGAUACCUUCCCUGGCCAAUCUAUUGAUUUCUUUGGUGCUCUCAGGGCCCGAGUAUAUGACGAUGAGGUGAGGAAGUGGGUCUCAGGUGUUGGUGUUGAGAGCAUUGGAAAGAAGCUUGUGAACUCAAGGGAAGGACCCCCAACUUUUGAGCAGCCAGCGAUGACAGUCGAGAAGCUCUUGGAGUACGGAAACAUGCUUGUCAUGGAGCAAGAGAAUGUGAAGAGAGUCCAAUUGGCUGACAAGUACCUGAGCGACGCUGCUCUUGGUGAAGCCAAUCAAGAUGCCAUUGAGAGCGGAUCUUUCUAUGGCCAAGCGGCACAGCAAGUAAAGGUGCCUAUCCCUGAAGGCUGUACCGACCCAAAUGCAGCAAACUUUGAUCCAACAGCUAGGAGUGAUGAUGGAAGCUGCUCUUACUGAAUCCUUUUCUAGCUUAUUCGGUGUGCAAGGAGCAGCACUUUCUAAGUCAUGAUGUGAGAUAACCAAAUCCUAUUGUUCCAUUUUCUUAAAUGGAUAUUGCUAUCCUCUGAUUUUGUGUCAUAAUUUACACUGUCCAAUAUUUAUUGGGUGCUAUGUUUUUUACCACCGUAUCCACGAUAUUUUUAUUCGCCUCA